AUGCCUCCAACCAGUCGUAACGAAUUUUUCCUGACCGGCGAGUACCGACUCACAGCUGGAAUAGAAUCAUUAUGUAUAACCCGAACAUUCACACGCAUAUCUAAUUUGGCACGAGACGCCACUAUAAUUUUCGAUUCCCUCAACGCAAAUGAUUUCAGCGGAAAUCAAUGGAUCUUGAUACCGGGGCUCACACAGAAAGCCAUAGACAGGCUUGAUAGCGAAAAGGAUUGCUUAAAUGGUGUUAGCUUUCGGUUUGAAUGGGAUGGCGCCAGGGGACUGAUCAAGGUGAUGCCAGGAGCUGGGCAUGAGAUGCCUACUAAUGAUUUCACGCUCGUGGUUUUCGGAGCGCUCAGAGCAAUGGGUCUUUAUUGGGAAGACAUACGGUGGGGGGGUGCCACGAGGUAUCGGUCCCAUGUAGGUAACAAAGGUAAAGAAGGCGACCAGAUAUUCCUCCCUCGGCACCGUCAGCCCGUGCAAGGGCAAAUUCAGGACUGGCCGACGUUGGUAAUCGAGACGGGAGUCUCGGAGUCUCUCCCAAAACUUCAAGAAGACGCAAAGUGGUGGUUCAACAACUCCAGUGGAAGAAUCAGAAUUGUCAUACUUAUCAGUUUGAAACGCACGAAGAUGCUGUUCCAGAAGUGGCAACUCGUGCCACCAAAUGCGCCGACACCCAUAACCAGACAGUAUAUCUCCUCGCUGCGCCAGCAGUCCCCGAACAUGCCUCCAUCGGUCAACCAGCCAGCUACCAUCCAAACGCUCUACAUGGAUCAAGAAGUUACAGUCACUCCUAAUGCAGUUAUUGGUGCGCCGAUGGUUUUGCCUUUCCAGGCUUUGAUGGACCGGGCGCCUGCCUUCAACGAGACGGAUAUCUCCAUCACCGCACAACACUUUCGUGGUUUCGCUAGAACUUGGCUCUAA